AUGCCUUUGCAAAAACCAAUCGUUUGCGUGCUCGGGUGUGGAACCAUGGGAGUAGCCAUAAUCUCUGAAGAAUCGGCCAAGAAAGUAAAGGGUGUGUUUGGCGAUAAAGUGACCGUCCUUUGUGGCGCCAAUCUUGCUGCCGUUCGCGAAGCAGACGUCGUUUUACUAUGUACAAAGCCGCAAGUAGCAAAGCAUGUGUUGACCGAAGAUGGUAUUUACGAUGCAUUGCAGAAUAAACUGCUGAUCAGCAUCUUGGCUGGCCUUACGAUAGAUCAGAUCAAGGCGUGGGUCCCCGCAUCGACAAAAAUUAUUCGUGCUAUGCCUAAUACUCCGUGCAUGAUACGUCAGGGUAUGACGGUCUUGAGCUGUCCGUCGAAUGUCGAGGAGGAUGAAAAGGCGUUUGCGUAUUGGGUGUUUGCGACGUUGGGGAGAACAAAAUUCUUGGAUGAGAAGCAUCUCGAUACUGUUACGGGAUUAUCGGGCAGCGGUCCUGCCUUUGCGUGUGUUGUCUUGGAAGCAUUGGCUGAUGGCGGGGUGAUGAUGGGACUUCCGAGGCAAGCUGCCCUGGAAUUGGCCGCUCAAGCGCUUAAAGGUACUGCUGAGAUGGUAUUGAUGACUGGGCUGCACCCAGCAGCAAUAAAAGAUAGUGUUACUACACCAGCUGGCUGUACAAUAGCUGGUUUAUUAACUAUGGAAGAUGGUAAAAUUCGAUCCACGUUGGCCCGUGCCGUUGAAGAAGCAGCUAAAGUGGCCUCGACAUUGGGUAAAUCGCAAAAAAAAUAG